AUGGGGCUUUCGCAAAGAAGUCCCGCCGCUUCAAGUGGUCGCUUGACCCUGCCAUCAUCGGCUGGGGCAGGCAGCGCUGCAUUCCCUUUCAACUCCUACGACGACAACAACACCACCUCUGCCGAUUUGUCUUCGCUCGUUCAUACUUCAGACGUCUCCUACUAUAUCGCACUGAUAUACUACACUUUCAUCAAUGACGCACUGCGUCGGCACAGCCACCGACAGCCCGCUUUAGGCCAAGCGCUCUCAAGCCAUCGCACAGGGCUUGAUGUUGAUAUCAGCACUCACGAGUCUCUCAUCGAGUCUCAUUCCACCGAUGCUUCCCAGCAGGCGUCAUUCGGACUGGCGCCGGGAGCUGUCGUCUGUGUGAAGACCGAGUAUGGUUUCGACGAUCAUCGACAUGCGGAAGAAGGCCAGAAAGGCUCUAAAUUCUGGAAUCCAGGAGAAGACCACUACCCGCGUGCCGCACGGAGGAACCCGACGAAAUGGGCACAAGAGCUUGCAGGAAUUGGAGCGCAGUUCGACGGUUGCCUAAACAUAAGCCGCCGUCGUGACCAUACCAGGGUCCCGGAGAGAGAGACCUGGGUGGUGAUUCAAAAACGCAGCGAAGGGGACUCCAGAUGGUGA